AUGUCUGGCUUCGAAGUCGCAGGCAUUGUCCUAGGGACACUUCCUCUUGUGGUUACAGCCUUGGAGGCUUACAGCAACUUCCUGCGAGACUGGGGCAAGGCUCCAGCCGAGCUGAGGAGUCUCAACCGGCAGUUGUCCACUGAGCAGACGAGACUACGCAACGUCUGUGAACAGCUUGUUAGCGAUGUAGUGCCGCACCGAGAUGUUGAGCCGAUGCUGCAAAAUGCAUUUGGGCCUCUGUGGCAGGAGAAGGAGACCAACGACAAGAUUCGGCGGAGGCUGUGGGAUUCGUACGGCCCGUUCGAGGAUACUAUCAAGGAAGUCGAAGAAGCUCUAGACAGUGUGAUCAAGCGACUGAGAAUUGAUGUAUCGCAGGAUGGAAAAGUUCAAUGGAUUGAAAGAAAGAUGGUCACCCGCGACUUCAAGAAGCUGCUCUACCGUCUCAAUCGAAAGGACUACCAAGAAGCUCUCGAGGCCAUCUCCAAGGGUGUCACAAGCCUUGAGGGCCUGGCACAACAGAGCAUCAAACUUGAGCCCAGACGCCGAAAGCAGUCGCGAUGCAAGGUUCUCAACGUCUUGAGAGAUCUAUCCACAAGCAUCUACCGGGCCCUCUGCUCCAGUAUUCUUUGUACUGACUCGCAUGACACGAAGAACUCGAAGCGUGUCUCAUUCGGCAUUGAUCGAGCACUUUCCCGUUUACGUCUGACGGAGCCUGCCACAGAUGUGACGCCUAACCUGAAGACGGCUAUGGCUUUGUUCAAUCGACCUGUUACCGACAUUGCAUUCAUCAAAACCCCCGAGGAGAGCAAUGAUACGCCAACAAUAACCCCUCUCAAUCUAUGUCUCGCUCUCCAAAACGCUCACAAAGAGAGACCCCAAUGCUAUGGUCACCUGAUCGAUCAACAAUGUAGCCACCGCCACUUCCAAGUGUGUCCGCUGGGGACCGCAAUCGACAGCGAUGGCUGGUCGAUAGUGACUCUUGACGAAGUUCUUGAGGGCAAAAAAGGACUCACGCCAUUAAUAUCGUUGGCGGAAAAGGUCAGGCUCGCACUUGCCAUAGCCUCUAGUGUACUCCAGCUGAGCAAGACUCCUUGGCUUCCCGAGGCACUAACUCGGAAGAAUGUGCAUUUCUUCAGACGCGGCGAUUCGCUCUCAUACGAACAUCCGUUCCUACAGAGGAGACUCCCCGAACAUUCAGCCAAAUACCCCAGAAAUGGCAGUGAGAGCGAGAGCUGCUCACUUUCAAACAACCCUACGCUCUUUGCACUCGGCAUACUGCUGCUGGAGAUUAUCCUAGGUUCUUCACUCGACCAGCUAUGGAAGGCAGACGACAAAGGCCCAGAUGACGAAAACCCGAGUCUCAUUCGCGACUUGAUUAUUGCGAAUCGGAUGCUGGAGCAGAGAGUUGCCUUGAUUAACCCAGCGUACAAAGCAGUGGUAGAAAGGUGUAUAGGAUGUACUGAAUCUAAGGGGCUGGACGAAGAGGAAUUCCGACAGACUGUUUACAAUGGCGUUGUCAUGGAACUAGAAGCAAUAUCUGAGUUUACAAAGCUGGGGAUAUAA